CUCUCAGCGCAGUCUACCUAUAGUUCCGGUGCAUUACAAUAUUGUUAUGUUACGCAUUGGGGUUGUAUAUAAAUAAUAUGAAGUGAAUGAAUAUUGCAAGUUUUUGCAGGGUGUUGAGAUAUUUAAGACGAUUUUGGAACAGAUUGUGAGGGAUUUUAUGUUUUGGAAGGAUUGAAAGGAUGAACGACGUUGUGUUGAUGGUCGACGGAUAGUAGUGUGGGAAAUAGGAAAAGAUGAAUCCGGAAUAACCUUCAUUUCAUUCUAGCCGUAAUAGAGACGACAUUUUGUCAAUUGUUAUUUAAAUUGUUUUCUUUUUAUGGGUGAUUGUCAGCUAAUGUUGACUGGAAGAAAGAAAGCGUCCAUUUAAAAAUCAAGAUGAACCUAAAUGAUACACGUAAAUUGUGAGCUCGCAAAAAUAAAACAAAUGGAUCAGUGUAGAUGGAUUAAUCGUAUAUUUUCCAUACGAUUAUAUUUAUCCAGAGCAGUAUGCUUACAUGUUGGAGCUGAAGAAGGGUCUGGAUGCCAGGGGACAUUGUCUACUGGAGAUGCCAUCGGGCACUGGGAAAACUAUCACUCUAUUAUCGUUGAUAGUGGCUUACAUGUUGGAAAACCCCCUAGUUAUCACAAAGUUAAUUUACUGCUCCCGUACGGUGCCUGAGAUUGAAAAAGUUCUCGAAGAGUUGAAGAGACUUAUGGAUUAUUAUGAAAAGGAGACCAAGAAUAAACCUAAUAUGGUUGGGGUGGUACUGUCUUCACGUAAAAAUAUGUGUAUACAUCCAGAGGUCAGCAAAGAGCGAGAAGGCAAAAUAGUAGAUGGUCGCUGUCACUCUUUAACCGCCUCCUACGUCCGAGCCCGCCAUAACUACGACGAUACUACCCCAAUCUGCAGCUAUUUCGAGGGUUUUGACAUGGAAGGUCGCGAACGCAUGAUGCCCCCUGGUAUCUACUCCAUCGACGAUCUCAAAGACUACGGGCGAGAUCGCAACUGGUGUCCCUAUUUUCUUACCAGGUUCACACUCCUCCAUGCCCAGAUCAUCGUCUACAGCUACCAUUACCUGCUCGACCCAAAGAUAGCUGACGUCGUCUCCAAAGAACUCACAAAGACCUCGGUCGUCGUUUUCGACGAAGCCCACAAUAUUGACAACGUCUGCAUCGACUCCAUGAGCGUAAAAAUCAAUCGUCGAACCAUGGACAAAUGUACAGCAAACAUCCAACUCCUGGAGAAAACAGUCGCAGAGAUGAAGAAUGAGGAUGCAAAUAAACUCAAAGAAGAAUAUCAACGACUGGUGGAGGGUCUGAAGGAUGUUCAAUUCGCUAGGGAGACAGACGUGAUCCUGGCCAAUCCAAUUCUCCCCAACGAAGUCCUCGAGGAGGUUAUUCCAGGAAACAUUAGGAACGCAGAUCACUUUGUCAGCUUUUUAAAACGUUUUGUUGAAUACCUAAAGACAAGACUGAGAGUCCAACACGUGGUGCAGGAGUCUCCAUCAAUCUUCCUCCACGACAUUCAGACAAAAGUAUGUAUUGACCGAAAACCUCUGAGAUUCUGUGCUGAACGGUUGUCUUCGUUAUUGAGAACAAUGGAGAUCACGGAUUUGACUGAUUUUUCACCGUUAGUACUUGUCACCCAUCUUGCUACGCUAGUCUCGACUUAUACUAGUGGAUUCACCAUAAUUGUGGAGCCCUUUGAUGAUAAAACACCGACUGUUCUGAAUCCUGUCUUGCAUUUCAGUUGUAUGGACUCUUCUAUUGCCAUGAAACCUAUUUUCGACAGGUUUCAGUCGGUUAUCAUCACUUCAGGAACAUUAUCGCCGUUGGAUAUGUACCCAAAGAUUCUGAACUUCCAUCCUGUGAUCAUGUCAUCGUUCACAAUGACUUUGACUAGACCCUGCCUGCUCCCUAUGAUUGUUGCAAAGGGAAAUGAUCAAGUGACUAUUUCGUCCAAGUAUGAAACGAGGGAUGAUGUUGCUGUUAUCAGGAACUAUGGACAGCUGUUGGUCGAGUUUUCAUCUACUGUACCGGAUGGACUUGUCUGCUUCUUCACUUCAUACCUUUAUAUGGAAUCGGUGAUUGCAGCUUGGUAUGAUCAGGGGAUUGUGGACCAGCUGCAGAGGCACAAGUUAUUGUUCAUUGAGACGCAGGACUCGGCUGAGACUAGUCUGGCAUUGAUGAAUUAUAUUAAGGCGUGUGAGAAUGGAAGAGGAGCGGUUUUGUUGUCUGUGGCCAGGGGCAAGGUUUCUGAGGGGGUAGAUUUCGACCAUCAUCUAGGGAGGGCUGUCCUUAUGUUUGGUAUUCCGUAUGUUUAUACGCAGUCUAGGAUACUGAAGGCCAGGUUGGAGUAUUUGAGAGAUCAGUUUCAGAUACGAGAGAAUGAUUUUUUGACCUUCGAUGCUAUGAGACACGCAGCUCAAUGUGUCGGUCGAGCUAUCAGAGGAAAAACUGAUUAUGGUAUAAUGGUGUUUGCUGAUAAAAGAUUCGCGAGACCUGACAAACGAAGUAAACUGCCUAAAUGGAUCCAGGAACAUCUGACCGAUAAUUUAUGUAAUUUAUCAACUGAGGAAGCUAUUCAGAUAUCAAAAAGAUGGCUGAGACAAAUGGCCCAGCCGUUCAAUCGAGAAGACCAACUUGGAUUAUCAUUAUUAACGAAAGAACAACUCGAGAAAGAAGAGAGUAAUAAAAUUCAAGAGAAAGCUCAGCAAAAUUAAUACCAGUGGCAUAUUUGUAAUAUAAAAAAGUAUUUAAUUACAAAAUAUUGAUUGAUAGUUUUAUAAAAUUAUUUUAUCAUUUAAUAAAAAAAUAAUACUAGUAAGAAUGAGUACGGCGACAAUUUGUUCUU